AUGGCUUCUGCUAUUGCUGCUAAUAGGGUUGGGAGUUCAUUUCAAUAUCAAGAGAAGCCGCGUUUGUCUGAUGAGUAUGAUAGGUUUGGUAAGAUGAAGGCCAUGGUAUGCUCUGCUCAAGGGUUGACAUUGGGAUUAAGACUUGAGGAGCCUAAGGACCUAUCUUUCUGUGUUGGAAGAAAUCCUACGGAAUAUGGUGCGGGACCUUCGGGUAACAAAUCAUCCGGGGUUUCUCACAACUCUUCAAAGCAGAGAAGAAGGCCUUACAUCAGAAAGAGACAAGAGCAACAAAGGGCUAACUCUGGCAUCCUUCAAGAGCUUUACAGAAAGGGAGAAGGAGCUCAGAAGACUGGAAACAAGAGAAAGAUUUCUGGAGAUGAGAUGGAGAUCCAGAAUGCUGCUCGGCGUAAAGAGUCAAAGGGACUGGGGCGGCCUCAGGACCUGACGAUUCCUCGCCUUAGGGAAAUGCGUCAAAAACAUUUUCCAGAGGUGCUUUUUCUGAUGGAGACAAUGCAGUGUAGAAAUGUUUUGGUAGAUUUGCAAGUUUGGCUCGGGUAUGAUCAGUUUGGGGAUGUUUCCUUUUAUGCUUCGUGUGUAUAUGGGCCGUCUAGUGUGUAUAGCAGAGGAGAUUUAUGGGAAAGACUUACCAGGUUGGGUGUAAAUAGGAAAGAUACUUGGUGUGUCUUUGGGGAUUUCAAUGAUAUUCUGCACAAUGGAGAAAAGAUUGGAGGUGUUUGGAGAUCUGAUGACUCUUUUGAUCCUUUUAAUCAAAUGAUAAAGGCAUGUGAUUUGGUGGAGAUUCAGGCGCAUGGAGAUGGUUUCACUUGGGGUGGCAAGAGAUAUGAUUCUUGGGUUCAUUCAAGACUUGAUCAAUGUUUUGGGAAUAAAGCCUGGUUCAGGAAAUUUCCUUGUGCUAAUCAGACUUUCAUGGAUAAAAGAGGGUCUGAUCAUCGGCCAGUGCUCAUUCACCUUAUCGAAUCUCAAGAUUCUUACAGAGGAAGCUUUAAAUUUGAUAAAAGACUUUUGGAGGUUGAUGGGAAGAUAUCCCUUAGUGGAUUGAAGCGCAAUGCAAACAUCAAUUCAAGGGAUAGGAUAACUCAGGCUCAGAUUGCCUUAGAACGGGAACAAUCUGUGCUUCAACCUUCCACAGCUUCUAUUCAUUAUUUUAAGAGGGAAUUGGUUAAAGCGCAGAGAGAUGAAGAAAUGUUUUGGUGGCAGAAGAGUAAAGAUAAGUGGCUAAAUGGAGGGGACAGAAAUACUUCGUUCUUCCAUAAUUUGGUUAGAUCUUCUAGAGCAAGAAACUUCAUUGUCAAAUUGAUCAAUGCUGAAGGGGUAGAGGUAUUCUCGGAAGCAGCUAAAGGGGAGGUUGUAGUGGAAUUCUAUCAUCAGUUAUUCCGAUCGUCAAAUCCUUCUCCUUUCGAUAUUUGGUUCCAUGAUAUGUGUCCUAAAGUCUCUUUGCAGAUGAAUUUGGAUCUCGUUAAGGAUGUAUCUGCUUUGGAAGUUAAGGAGGCUGUCUUCUUUUCAAUCAAUCCAUCGAAUGCUCCAGGGCCUGAUGGUAUGUCUGCACUUUUCUUCCAGAGGUUUUGGGACAUUAUUGAAGAUCAGUUUGUUAAAGAGGUUCAAUUGUUCUUUAAGCAUGGCAUUCUCCCAAGAGAAUGGAACUAUACCCACCUUUGCUUGAUCCCAAAGAUACCUAAUCCUCAGGCGGUAUCUGAUUUAAGACCAAUAAGUCUUUGUUCGGUGGGGUAUAAGACGAUAUCGAAGAUACUGUUCAGACGACUGCAACCGUGGCUUAAGGAGAUCAUUUCUCCGUCUCAAUCAGCUUUUGUCACGGAGAGACUUAUGACUGAUAACAUUAUGAUUGCGCAUGAACUGGUUCACUCUUUGGGGAUUGAUUUUAAUAUAGCUUCAGAGCAUAUGGUUGUAAAGACAGAUAUGUCAAAAGCUUAUGAUCGUGUGGAGUAG